AUGAAGACUGUCAGCUCUUCCACAAGUGAACCGAUCGAAUCCGAGAAAUCGAUCGUCAUUUCGGGCAUAUCUGGAAAGUAUCCGCGAUCCAACAAUGUGCAAGAAUUCGCUCACAACCUGUACAACAAGGUUGAUCUUGUCGACGACAAGGAAGAACGCUGGCGACAUACGCACCCGGACAUUCCGAAACGCCUCGGUAAAAUGAACAACCUUGAAAAGUUCGACGCAGAGUUCUUCGGGUACUGCUCCAAGGAAGCGCAUACCAUGGAUCCUCAGCAACGUUUUCUGCUGGAGCACUGCUGCGAAGCGGUCCUGGAUGCGGGACUGCAUCUGGACGACUUGCGUGGCUCGAAAACAGGUGUGUUUAUUGGCAUUUCCAUAACCGAGACAGACACCUACUGGACGUACAAGCAAUGUCGCAUGUUCUACAAACAGGAGAUGAUCGGCUAUAUGAGAAGUUUGCUUGCUCCUAAAAUAGCUUAUGCUUUGGACCUGAAAGGACCCACCAUAGCGGUAGAUACCGCCUGUAGCAGCUCAAUGUACGCGCUCGAUGUGGCCUGUAAAGCGAUCCGCAGUGGGCAAUGUGACGCGGCUUUUGUGGCCGGAACCAAUUUGACGCUCCAUCCUUACAUCACGCUUCAAUUCGCGCUGCUCGGAGUGUUAGCAAUGGAUGGCCUGUGUCGACCGUUCGAUAAAAAUGCGUCUGGUUAUUCUCGUUCUGAAGCAAACGCAGUGAUCCUGCUUCAGAAGGCCAAGGAUGCGAAGCGUAUCUACGCGCACGUUGUCAACACCAAAACGAACUGCGAUGGGUACAAACUCGAGGGCAUUACAUUCCCGUCGAACAAGAUUCAGAAACAACUGCUUGACGAAUUUUACGCUGAGGUGCCCUAUGACCCAAAGGACAUCAGUUAUGUGGAGGCGCAUAGUACGGGUACGAUCGUUGGGGAUCCGGAGGAAUGUGACGCCAUCGAGAAAGUGUUUUGUGCUGAUAGAAGCGGUUCGCUGCUGGUUGGAUCGGUCAAAUCGAACAUCGGACACUCGGAGGCCGCCGCUGGUCUUUGCUCCGUCACCAAGUGUAUAAUUGCGAUCCAGAACUCCCUUAUUCCACCGAACAUCAACUACACGGAACCCCGAACCGACGUUCCAUCGCUGCUGAACGGCCAUCUUAAGGUAGUGGACAAAGCUACGCCCCUCGAAGGUCCUUUGGUUGCGGUCAAUUCCUUCGGUUUCGGUGGAGCCAACGCUCACGCACUGCUGUACACGUCUACGAAGAAGAAGCCGCAGGAUGCGUCUCCUUCCGAUGCGCUCCCACGAUUGGUAGUAUGGAGCGGUCGAACGGAGGAUGCGGUUGAGCACUUUUUGGUAGAGCUGGCAAAGCUAAAGUUCGACACCGAGCUGUACGCGCUAACUCACAACAUCCAGCGGAAGAAAAUCGCCAACAUGACCUCCCUGGGGUAUGCGAUAUUCAACCGCGGUGUUGACGGUAACGCGGUGCUCAUGCAAAAGAGUUUCUCAAAGGCACGUAAAACCAUCCCCCCGUUUGCGAUCAUUUUCGGUCAGAUAGAUUACGAUUGGCAGACGACGUUCCGUGCAUUCGAGAGGUUUCCCCAGUUCAAAACAUCCGUGGAGCAGUGCAUGAACCUGUUGAAGAAUCCCGAGUACGAUUGCAUCUUCAACAAGGAGCUGCAGUCAAGCACGUUGCAACGGGUAGUAUGGACACUGAUUUUGCAGAUCAGUGUAUACCACAUGCUGCACACUAUCGGUCUAGUGAUAGAUCAGUACGCAGGCUACUCCGUCGGGCAAAUCACGUGUGCAUACAUCGAUGGUGUGCUAUCGCUGUCGGACGCCAUACGAGUUGCAUUCGCGCACGGUGUCUUGCUUUCAUCGUACAACAACCCGGAAACGUUUAACUAUCGCGAUAUUAUCACAAACAAGGAACUUAACAGCAAACUGAUGGAGGUUCUGCAACCGUUUUCAUCCCUUGAGCCGUCAAAGAAGUGGAAAACCGCAACGACAGUGUUAUCGUUCCGUAUCUACGACCCGAAAAGCGCCAACCAGCUGUUCAACAACAUAGACAGCGAUGCCGUGGUGUUGCAACCGCUUCCGUCGAUUCAAUCUACGGACGAUAUUGUCAAGAGCUUCCUGGGCACUAUAGGAAGGGCAUUCCUUUACGGUCAACAUUGCAACUUGCUGGAUCUCUUUCCACCGGUCAGUUUCCCGGUGUCCCUGGAAACCCCCAUGAUAGCCCCGCUUAUCCGCUGGGACCACACCACGAACUGGCACGUGCCGAACUUUCAAAUGAGAAAGAUGUUUGCGCACGGAUACAACGAGUGCACCGUUUCGCUUGCGCAUCAGGAAUACAUAAACGGUCAUUGCAUCGAUGGGCGGGUGUUGAUACCUGCCACCGAAUACCUCUAUCUUGUGUGGGACACCUUCACCAGCAAGAUUGGUAAAAUUCCGGACGAAGUGUCCGUACAAUUUACGGAUAUUGAGUUUUUGCGUGCGACAACAAUUACGGGUGACCAAAUCAUCACGCUGUUAGUCGAUACUAAUUGCGUCAGUGGCAGUUUUGAAGUGUCCGAAGGAUCCACUCUUGUCGUGAAGGGCAAGAUACAGUGCCUGAAUGGACUGGAAUUACAGACCAUCCAGCAACAAAACACUCAUAAAGUAGUCCUUCCAACAAAGGAUUUCUACAAGGAGCUGCGGCUGAGAGGGUACCACUAUGGCGGGUUCUUCAAAUCCGUUAUCGAAUCCGCUAGCGAUGGAUCCUUCGCUGUAAUCGAAUGGAAAAACAACUGGACGGCACUGUUAGACUGCAUGCUGCAAGUGGCCAUUGUUGCGCUGGACUCUCGAUCCUUAGCCAUUCCAACGCGCAUUGAUUCAAUCAAGAUCGAUCCCAUACAACAGAAACAAUCCCUACAAACCAACGACAAAGGAGUUUCCAGCUACAAUAUAUAUUUCGAUCGACAUCUCAAUAUAUUGCAAAGUAGCGGCAUUGAGAUACGAGGGCUCAAUGCAAGUACCAUUGCAAGACGUUUUCCUCCGGGAGUUCCUGUACUUGAGAGUUACAAGUUUUAUCCCUACUUCUCGCAACAACCGAUUCUUCCAGCCGAAGCUGUUUCUAUCAUCACUCAAAUAAUACUCGAUAAUCAGUUAACAACGGCAUUCGCCGUCACAGAAAUGCACUCCGCGACAAGAGAUCCCAUUCUUGCGCUGUUUGGAGAUGCCAUUGGAGAUUUGCCCUUGGUGAAAGCCCACCUAACACUUCUCUCCAAUAUCAAACCCGAACCGAUACCGAACGUCACAAUCUCGGAGGAUAAACUCAUGAAGCAGCGGAACGUGUUGCUCCUCAUUUGCGAGAACCUUUUCUCGGACGACGAGUUCAUUUCUGAUGCAAUCAACUGCCUCUCCGAUCAAGGAUUUAUUCUUCUCCGUGAAGCUCCAGGCUACCAUCUCCAGGAUAUCCAUCGACGACUGCAGCUCGUCAGUAUCAUCCCUGUAGAAGGCGAGACAUUCCUGCUUCUUCAGCAGAAGAAGUCCGCCAUGAAUACCUCUGCCGAGGCGCACGUUAUCAAUGUAUCUUCCAGCGAUCCUACUCUCUCGUGGCUAUUGGAAUUGAAACAGGAACUCAAAACGAAACCCAUCAUCCUCUACACCCAGCAUGAUCCUUCUUCUGGCAUCAUAGGACUGGUAAAUUGUAUUCGAAAGGAACCCAACAGCCAGAACGUGUCAUGUUUCUUCAUCGACGACUGCAGCGCUCCUCCGUUCGAUCCUACCGAUCCGUUCUACAAAUACCAAAUCGACCUCGGCUUAGCGAUCAACGUCUAUCGUAACGGACAGUGGGGAUCGUAUCGCCACUUCAAGAUAUCCGAGCAGCCAAUCUGCGAGCCUACCACCAACCAUUGCUUUGCUAAUUGCGUCAAACCUGGCGAUCUUUCGUCCUUCACAUGGAUGGAUGGUCCGCUGAACGAGCAACCGCCUACUGGUCCAUUAGUCCGAGUUGUCUAUAGUUCCCUGAAUUUCAGAGACGUCAUGAUUGCUUCCGGAAGGCUCACUGUUGAAACAUUUUGUAUCGACCGAUUACAACAAGAAUGUGCGCUGGGACUCGAAUACUCCGGGGUAACGGAUUCUGGAAAACGUGUUAUGGGAAUCAUAUCCGCAGGCUCCAUGGCAACGAAGAUCGAAGCAGAUCCGCUCUUCACUCUGGAUGUUCCCGAUGAUUGUACCUUGGAGCAGGCUGCAACCAUUCCCACGGUAUACGCUACAGUGUACUCGGCGUUCUUCAUUUGCUCCCAGAUUCGCAAGGGCAACACAAUCCUUAUUCAUGCUGGCACGGGUGGCAUCGGUUUGGCUGCCAUUCAGGUUUGCUUAGCCUAUGGCCUCGAGGUUUUUACCACCGUUAGUACCAAGGAAAAGAAGGACUUCCUGUUGAGCUACUUCCCUGGCCUCAAUCCUAAAAACAUUGGAAACUCUAGAGACAUCACCUUCGAGACACUCGUCAAGGAACGCACCAACGGACGAGGUGUUGAUUUCGUACUCAAUUCCUUGUCGGAGGAAAAACUGCAAGCUUCCAUUCGCUGUCUGGCCAGAGGAGGACACUUCCUCGAGAUAGGAAAGUACGACAUGAUGAAGGACUCCAAAAUGACAAUGUCCUUCUUCCAAAAGGGAAUUACGUUCACUGCCGUGCUUGUCGAUUUGAUGUUCAAGGAAAAACGAGACCUCAUGCAAACUUUACACAAUCUUAUGGUACAGGACAUGUCCAAAGGCAUCAUAAAACCACUUCCCACAACCGUGUUCAAGGCACAAGAAAUCGAACAAGCUUUCCGUUACCUAGCAACGGCUAAGCACAUUGGUAAAGUUGUUUUAAAGAUCCGAGACAACGAAAACGAUCUCGCGUCCGUACCACUCUCCUAUCUUCCUCGAUUGUACUGCAACCCUGAACAGAGCUUCGUCAUUGCCGGAGGUCUUGGGGGUUUUGGACUCGAACUGGCCGAUUGGCUUAUCAUCCGUGGCUGCCGAAAACUGUUGCUUAGCUCAAGCAGAGGAAUCACCAAACCCUAUCAACAGUAUCGUGUCAACUUAUGGCAGUCGUACGGAGUUCAAGUGCGCAUUUCUACGGAGGACAUUUCCACCGAAAAAGGAUGUCGUCAACUGCUCCAGCAAGCUAUCCAAAUGGGACCCAUCGCUGGAAUCUUCAAUCUUGCCGUGCAGCUGCGAGACGCUAUCAUCGAGAAUCAGUCCGUGGACAAGUUCUCCGAAUGCCUUGCCCCUAAGGCGACCGCUACACAUCAUCUCGAUCUGAUCAGUAGAGAGCUGUGUCCCAUGUUGAAACACUUUGUCGUGUUCUCCAGCGUGUCAUGUGGUCGUGGAAAUGCGGGACAAUCCAACUACGGCAUGGCCAACUCCAUCAUGGAGCGCAUCGUUGAGCAUCGUGUUGCGCAGGGUCUACCCGGAAAAGCCAUCCAGUGGGGCGCGAUCGGCGAGGUCGGUAUCGUAGCCGACAUGCAGGAGGAUAAAAUCGAUAUGGAAAUAGGCGGAACACUGCAGCAGCGUCUCUCAUCCUGUAUCCAGGUGCUCGAUCACCUGUUAUCGACCGACGAUCCGAUCGUAGCCAGUAUGGUCGUUGCCGAGAAACGCAGCUCAAGCGGUGGUGCUAAAAACAUCGUCGAAGCCGUCAUGAACAUCAUGAACAUUCGCGACAUGAAGUCCGUUUCCGUCGAGAGCACUCUUGCCGACAUCGGCAUGGAUUCGUUGAUGGCCGUCGAAAUUCGACAAGUUCUGGAACGUGACUUUGAUAUCAUUCUUACGCCUCAGGAUCUUCGUACACUCACCUUCUCCAAACUACAGAAGCUUGCUGAUGCCAAAGCUGAGACCGAGACUGCUGAGGCCCCUACACAACAGUUGCAACUCGAGGAUUUAUUGGCCAGCUUCGGUGAUGAGGCCGCAAGCCAUCAUACCGUACUGCGAUUGCCUUCCAAAUGCAACGAUCUCGAGUACGAUCGGGCCGUGCUCUUCAUACCGGGUAUUGAGAGUGUCUGUAGUCCGGCCUGGACGAAGAUCGCCUCUGAAAUUGACGCACCUACAUUCGUGCUACAGACCUUCGCUAAGGCUACCGAUGAGCACACCAUUCAGGGUAUCGUUGAUAGCGUGUUCGACGAGAUGUUCGAGACGGUAUUCGCCAAGGCAGAACAGUUUUUGGUCAUUGGAUAUUCCUUUGGGGCGCUGUUGGCCCUGGACGUUGUGAAGCGACUCGAAGCGCGAUCUAUUCGUGGCAAAUUGAUUCUUAUCGAUGGCUCACCGAUGUAUCUCCAGCGUUUUGCCAGCCAUCAUCUAUCCGGGUUCGAUGAUGAACACUUACAAAUGACCGUUCUCACUCUCGUCCUAUCGUUUGUUUUCCCCACGGCAACCCAUGAGAUCAUCAAACCGAUCAUGGAUAAAGCAACGUACGUGGAACGGGUGGAAAAGUUGAUGGUGGUUGCGCGGGAAUCGAAUCCUUUUUCCGAAGAGUACGCACGCAAAAUGAUGCGAAUUUUGUUCUACAGAAUGAAGGCAACGAUGAACAUGAGCACGGAAGCAAAAGAAAAGAUUGCAUCCACGCUCGUUCUUAUACGAUCUAGCAUGAUCGGAGACAUCGAGGAAGAUUACGGUUUGAGCGAAUUUACCACUGCUUCAAUGAUUGUAAAGAUCAUCGAUGGCACACACCAAACAAUGCUGGCCAAUCCGGAGCUCAUCGAGAUCAUCAACAAGGAUACGCUAUGA